AUGGCGCGCACGCCGAGGCCGUGCUUGGCGGCGAAGGAGAGGCAGGCGACAGCAUCGCAGGUUGGAAUGGCGGCACCGGUGGAGAUGGAGGGAGAGAAAGUCGCGGAGACCUCCAACGGGAACGUUUCUGAGAGGCAGGUGAGAGCAUCGCAGGUUGGAAUGGCGGCACCGGCGGAGAUGGAGGGAGAGAAAGUCGCGGAGACCUCCAACGGCACCGGCGGAGAUGGAGGGAGAGAAAGUCGCGGAGAUAGAGUGAUCUUGGGUUGUUCUACUCUCCUGCAGUUUGUGUUUUGGUUUGAAUGCAGGGUGAUCAAGCACGCGGGGUUGGACUUGAAGCAGUUCGUGGAGGGUAUCAAAGAGGGUGCUGCGGGUUCUAAAGCGUUGGAGAUAUUUGGGGAGAGAAUGAUCGAAGGGGAUUUCCGACCAGGUGGGUUUACAGAGGACCAGGUGGCCAAUGGACAGGGGAAGCUUGGCACGCAAGGGGUUAUCUCUGUCAUUCAGAACAUUAAUGGGAUGAGUCAAUGA